AUGGCAACUAACAAGAAGAACAAUGGCGUACACGUCUUGACGAUCCCAUUCCCAGCAGGUGGCCAUAUUCUUCCCCAUAUGGACCUAAUCCACCAGCUCCUCCGUCGUGGCUUGACCGUCACAAUUGUCGUCACCCCCAAAAACCUUCACUAUCUAAAUCCUCUUCUAUCUCUUCAUUCUUCCACCAGUGUUCAUACACUGGUUCUUCCAUUCCCUACUUGUUCAGCCUCUCCCAUCCCUCCCGGAGUCGAGAUCAUGCAAGAUGUUUCCUUAGCACCACAUUUCGUCGAAUCAUUGAGUGAACUUUUCGAUCCUUUGGUUAAAUGGUUUCGAACCCACCCAUCGCCUCCUGUUUCCGUUCUCUCUGAUAUGCUCCUUAGUUCCUGGGUCAACUCACUUGCUUCGUCUCUUAAUAUCCAGAAUCUGAGUUUCAGUGUUCUUAAUCCAAGUACUUUGUUUCCGCGGAUGUCAAGGUACCUGAACUAUGGUUCUGAAGAUGAUUCUUUCACAAGGAUACAUAUGGGGAUUGCAACAAGCUGGGGUCUUAUCUUCAACUCAUUUACUGAGCUAGAUGGUGACAAAAUGCAUAUGAUCAAAGAUGAGUUCAUCCACCAUGAUCGACUGUGGUCUAUAGGGCCUUUGCUUCCUAUAAAACCUAAUGGCACUGAGAGAGGUGGACCAGGUUCCAUGCCCCAACAUCAAAUAAUAGCAUGGCUUGAUUCUUUCCAUGUCGAUAAAUCUGCGGUGUAUGUCGGAUUCGGAACCCAGAUUUCGUUGUCCAAACGACAAAUGGAGACGUUGGCUUCAGCAUUGGAAGAGAGCGGAGUUCCUUUCAUUUGGGCCAUCAACAUCAUGGAAGAAGAUGGCAGAGAUCGGAACAAUGUUUCGUCCGGGUUCGAAGAGAGAGUACGAGGGAAGGGACUAGUAAUCAAAGGUUGGACGCCGCAGUUGGUGAUUCUGGAGCAUCGAGCUGUUGGUUCGUACUUGACUCACUGUGGCUGGAACUCGGCAUUAGAGGGACUACUGGGUGAAGUUUUGUUGCUGGUGUGGCCCAUGCAAGUCGAUCACUUCGACAACGCCAAGCUGCUGGCUGAAGAACUGGGAGUGUCUAUCCGUGUCUGCGAGGGUUUAAACACUGUCCCUGACGCAACCAAACUGGCUCGGAUCUUGUCUCACUCAGUAUCUGUGGACCAACCAGAGAGGGCUCGAGCCAUGAAACUAAAGGAAACUGCAUUGGCUGCCAUCCAAAAGGGCGGGAGUUCAGAUCAAGCUUUGGAUUGCUUAGUACAACUUUCUGCCUUAAGUGCAGGGACACUUAUAAACAAAUAUAAAGUACCACCAUGGAUAUACCGAGGGGAGCUGGUGGGAUAA